UUGAGCCGUAGCCACUGUGUCUACUUGGAUCUGUCCCGCCCUCGGGCUACAGGCUAUAUAAACAUACGCGCCGCUAUUCACGUCCCGUUAAGGCCACAGUGAGGACGCCAGGUCACCAACAUGGCGAGGGAAGACCACAUCAACCCUUCUGAGAGAUCCCUAGCUUACAGCGACGCCAUCUUCGCCAUAGUGGCAACUAUCAUGAUUCUACCAUUGUCCGGUCAGGCGGUACAAGGGGUUGCUGGGAGCAAGGACUUACUAGCCGGUUUACUGAAGAUAUGGUUCAAACUGCUGAUCUACGCGCUGGCAUUUAUUCUAGUGAGCUCUACAUGGGAUACACACAGCAGGGUAUUUCGCUACAUCGAGAAAGUCAACGAAACGAUCGUGCUGCUGAACCUGGGAGUACUGAUGGUUGUGACAUUCCUCCCGUUUGCCUUCCGUCUGUUUGUAGUUCCUGAUGAUCGCUGA